UAUCCUCUCUCGGGUUACUUCGCCACUAUCCUUGCGUCCUUUGACACGGGCAUACCAUGAGAAGGUUAUUGAUCAUUAUGAACGUCCUCGUAAUGUUGGUUCAUUACCGCGAAACGAUAUCGACGUCGGAACUGGUUUAGUUGGAGCCCCUGCUUGUGGGGAUGUCAUGAAACUUCAAAUUAGAGUUGACGAACAAUCUGGUAAAAUAGUAGACGUUAAAUUCAAAACAUUUGGAUGUGGUUCUGCCAUUGCUUCAUCAAGUUAUAUGACCGAAAGAGUGCGUGGUAUGUCUUUGGAAGAAGCGAGUAAAAUCAGAAACACUGAAAUUGCGAAGGAAUUAUGUUUGCCACCAGUGAAGCUUCAUUGUUCAAUGCUUGCUGAAGAUGCUAUCAAAUCCGCAAUUAAGGAUUACAAAUCUAAACGGGCAAUGUUAUCAACGCAUGGUUCAACUCAACAUAAUACUGCGCAAACAGAAGUUAGAUC